GUAAAAGAAGGGCUCCAAAACAGCAGUCACUCUUCGUGCGAGGGCUCUUGACUGAGACGAGAGAAGUUAGGAAGUGUGGAUUUGUCAGGAUGCCAAGACCGCCCUACCAAUUUUUAGACACUAUAUCGUAGCCAAUCACAACCGCCCCACCACUCAUUUAAAACAAGUCUGACCCCUCACCGUACAAACCGUCUACAACCCCUCACUUUUUUGCACCCCCCCCAUCUCUUCCCAUCCCUUGUUCUACACACUUCUAUCCAUCAACCAUCCGCUCGAUCGGACGACUUGCUCUGCCUAAGUCUUCCCUUGCGAGAGCUUUUCUUAACUCCCUACACAAAAGUUUGUUACUCGCCUUUCUAAAAAAACUGACAAAAUGGUCAAGUAAGUUUCCUUUGGCAUCCGGCUCCCAAUGGGACGUGAUAAUUUUUGACUAAUAUUCUGUGAUUUUUUUUUUUCAGCUUCACCGUCGAACAGGUAUGUCAACUCAUCCUAAUUCAGAAUCAGCGUUAUCAGGGAUCAAUGCACAGAAUGCUAACUUCCACUCGCUAGAUCCGUGAGUUGAUGGACCAUGUUACAAACGUCCGUAACAUGUCCGUCAUUGCCCACGGUGCGAAAUUGCUCCCUAAAGUUAAAGGAAAAAGUGUGUGGAAUCUAAUGAUGAUAUAGUGGACCACGGAAAAUCUACCCUGACCGACUCCCUCGUCCAGCGGGCGGGCAUUAUUUCCGCCGCGAAGGCCGGCGAGCAGCGGUUUACGGACACUCGUCAGGACGAGCAGGACCGUUGUAUUACCAUUAAGUCAACUGCUAUCUCUCUAUAUGCCGAGCUCUCGGAAGAGGACUGCAAGGACAUUACCCAGAAAACUGAGGGAAGCAACUUUUUGAUCAACUUGAUUGAUUCCCCCGGUCACGUCGAUUUCUCUUCUGAAGUUACGGCUGCACUCCGUGUCACUGAUGGUGCCCUCGUUGUCGUCGAUUGUGUUGAAGGUGUUUGUGUGCAGACGGAGACUGUAUUGCGUCAAGCUCUUUCCGAGCGUAUCAAACCCGUCUGCAUUAUCAACAAGGUCGAUCGUGCCCUUUUGGAGCUGCAGGUAUCAAAGGAAGACUUGUACCAGUCGUUCUCCCGGACAAUAGAAUCCGUGAACGUCAUUGUCGCCACAUACUUUGACAAGGCCCUUGGUGAUGUUCAGGUUUACCCUUACAAGGGAACUGUUGCUUUCGGUUCCGGUCUCCACGGUUGGGCGUUCACUGUCCGCCAGUUCGCCGGGCGUUAUGCCAAGAAAUUUGGUGUUGACAAAGGCAAGAUGAUGGAGCGUCUGUGGGUAUGUUCGACUAUUGCCCCAUUAAAACUAUUCCGUAAUGCUAAUUUGGCAUCCAGGGUGACAACUUCUUCAACGCUAAGACCAAGAAAUGGACCAAGACUGAGAUGUACGAGGGCAAGCCUUUGGAACGUGCCUUCAACCAGUUUAUCCUUGACCCCAUUUUCAAAAUUUUCGCGGCUGUCAUGAACUUCAAGAAGGACGAGAUCCCGGUUCUACUGGAGAAGCUCGAAAUCACCCUCAAGUCCGAAGAGAAGGAUCUCGAAGGAAAGGCUCUCCUCAAGGUUGUGAUGAGAAAGUUCUUGCCUGCCGCUGAUGCUCUCAUGGAGAUGAUUGUCAUGCAUUUGCCUUCUCCCGUUACCGCCCAGAAAUAUCGCGCUGAGACUCUGUACGAAGGUCCUUCUGACGAUGAGGCCUGCAUUGGUAUUCGGGAUUGUGACCCUAAAGCUCCUCUCAUGCUGUACGUUUCCAAGAUGGUACCGACCUCCGACAAGGGCCGUUUCUACGCCUUCGGUCGUGUUUUCGCCGGUACUGUCAAGUCCGGUCUUAAGGUCCGCAUUCAAGGCCCUAACUACACCCCCGGUCGUAAGGAGGACCUGUACAUCAAGGCCAUUCAACGCACAAUUCUCAUGAUGGGUCGCUAUAUCGAGCCUAUUGAGGACGUCCCAGCCGGUAACAUUGUCGGCUUGGUUGGUGUUGAUCAGUUCUUGCUCAAGUCUGGUACCCUUACCACUUCUGACACCGCCCACAACCUGAAGGUUAUGAAGUUUUCCGUAUCUCCUGUUGUCCAGGUCGCCGUCGAAGUCAAGAACGCCAACGAUCUACCCAAGUUGGUUGAAGGACUUAAGCGCCUCUCCAAGUCUGACCCUUGUGUCUUGACUUUCAUCUCGGAGUCCGGUGAGCACAUCGUUGCCGGUGCUGGCGAAUUGCAUUUGGAGAUUUGUUUGAAGGAUCUAGAGGAAGAUCAUGCAGGUAUCCCAUUGAAGAUUUCUCCUCCUGUCGUCUCAUACCGUGAGACUGUUGCCGACACUUCGAGUAUGACGGCCUUGUCAAAGUCGCCCAACAAACACAACCGUCUCUACGUCUCUGCCGCCCCACUUAGCGAGGAUGUUGCUAAGGAUAUUGAGGCCGGGAAAAUUGGCCCCCGUGACGACUUUAAGGCCCGUGCAAGAGUUCUUGCUGACGAGCACGGAUGGGAUGUCACCGAUGCCCGUAAGAUUUGGUGUUUCGGUCCUGACACCAAUGGUGCCAACUUGCUCGUUGACAUGACCAAGGCCGUACAGUACCUCAAUGAAAUCAAGGAUUCCGUCGUUUCUGGGUUUCAGUGGGCUACCCGUGAGGGCCCCAUUGCCGAAGAGCCUAUGCGAAGUGUCCGUUUCAACGUGCUCGAUGUCACUCUGCACGCUGAUGCUAUUCACCGUGGCGGUGGACAGAUCAUCCCGACUGCUCGUCGUGUCUUGUACGCCGCUACGCUGCUCGCUCAGCCCGGCCUUUUGGAGCCCAUUUACCUUGUUGAGAUCCAAGUUCCUGAGCAGGCUAUGGGUGGUAUCUAUGGUGUCCUGACCCGAAGAAGAGGUCACGUUUUCUCUGAGGAGCAGCGCCCCGGUACUCCUCUAUUCAACGUCAAGGCCUAUUUGCCUGUCAACGAGUCCUUCGGUUUCACCGCCGAUCUCCGUUCGCACACCGGUGGGCAAGCUUUCCCCCAGUCAGUAUUUGACCAUUGGGCAGUCCUUCCAGGUGGUUCGCCUCUUGACGCCACCACCAAGCCGGGUCAGAUUGUCCAGGGGAUGCGUAAACGCAAGGGUAUCAAACCCGAGGUAAGAACAGCUGCCUGUAAAACAUUCAAAUUAGGAGUGUAAGCUAACUUUUUCGUGAACAGGUUCCCGGCAUUGAGAACUACUAUGACAAACUUUGAGCUGUUAAAAAAAUGCAAAGGGGAAAAACAUCCUAACGGCGAUACGAGGGUUGGCAUUUCUUUAAUUGGGUUUUCUUAUGGUCUUUUUUUUUCUUUUUUCAAUUGGUUCCUGUUACAACAAGCUAAGUCUUUUAUAUUCUAGCAACCGUCGUUGUCAAAUAAAGGGACGGAAGACCCCUUUUGUGGGGUUUCUUACUUUUUUUCUCUUCGCAUUCACUGAUCCUUUUCCUAGGGUGGUUCCAAUACUCUUUGGAUAGCGAAUGUGUCACCAAUAAACCAAAUAUUGAAAGGAG